CCUCUCUCACACACACACACUCACAGCUGUUUAUACUCCUCUCUCCGAUGAGCAGCGGAGCCAUCAGAGAGCAGAGGCUGCAGGAGUCCGGAGGAAUCGGAAUCGUACGGGAAAAAUCUGGACGACUAGUGUUGAUUUUUUUUUUCUUUCUUUCUUUUUUCUCAUCAACUACACGGCUUUCGCUCUCUGUCAUCCCGCUCUUCCUUCUUCUUGCGUAUGUCCGUCCCGGCUGCUCCGUUGGAAUCUGGAGUACAGACACGGAUCAGCAGCAGAGUGAAAACAGAGACAUGAGUUUCAGCCUCUGCUGCCCGCUUUCUCCCAUUCACUGACAGAAGAGGGGAACACAAGGUAAAGGGGUCAAAGCGGCACCCAUAGGCAAAGCGGCGAAGGUGAAGCAGACAUGAGUGCGGACGGCCAUCAGGCGGUGGUGACCACUCCGCCGCCGCCCAGCGGGGGCACCAAGGAGCGCUAUUUUGACCGGGUCAACGUCAACGAUCCAGAGUACAUCAGAGCCAGGAACAUGUCGCCUGACCUCCGGCAGGAUUUUAACGUUCUGGAGCAGAAGAAACGCGUCACACAGAUUCUACAAAGCCCAGCCUUCAAAGAGGAGCUGGAGUGUCUGAUCCAGGAGCAGCAGCGGAAAGGGAACAACCCGACCGGACUGCUGGCCCUCCGGCAGAUCGCCGACUUCAUCAUGGCCAGCUCGGUGGCCGGCUUCAACACUUCCCCUCUCAGUCUGGGGAUGGUGACUCCCAUCAAUGACUUGUUCGGGGUGGAGUUCGCCUCCAUGGUGAAAGGCGAGAAGCAGACGCGCUGUAAACUGGCCAGCCUCUACAGACUGGUGGACCUGUUCAGCUGGGCCCACUUUGCCAACUCCUACAUCACAGGCCGAGUGAGUAAAGAACAGGACCACAUACUCAUCAUCCCCAGAGGUCUGUCAUUCGCUGAAGCAUCUGCAUCAAACCUGGUGAAGGUGAACAUCAUCGGGGACGUGAUCGAGCAGGGCUCCACCACCCUGCGGAUCGACUCGGCCGGGUUCAGCCCACACGCCGCCAUCUACUCCAUGCGUCCGGACAUCCGCUGCAUCAUACACGUUCACACUCCCGCCACUGCGGCUGUGUCAUCAAUGAAGUGCGGCCUCCUGCCAAUCUCCCAGGAAGCGUUGAUCUUGGGAGAUGUCGCCUACUACAACUAUCAGGGCAGCUUGGACGACCAGGAGGAGCGCAGGGAGCUGCAGAAAGCCCUGGGCCCGACAGCGAAGGUUUUGGUGUUGAGAAAUCACGGCGUGGUCGCUCUCGGGGAAACCGUCGAAGAGGCUUUUCACUACAUCUACAACGCCCAGUAUGCCUGCGAAAUCCAGGUGAAUGCUAUCUCGUGUGCUGGAGGAGUGGACAACCUCAUAGUGCUGGACCCAGAGAAGUACAAAUCCCGCGUGUUCGCCGUGGCGGCGGCGGCGGAUGUCAACAUGGCCGGCCAGUACAAGUGGAAGAUCGGAGAGCUGGAGUUUGAGUCUCUGAUGAGGAUGCUGGAUAAUCUGGGCUACAGAACGGGCUACGCCUACCGACACCCCAUCGUUCGGGAGAAGCCGAGGCACAAGAGCGAGGUGGAGAUCCCCGCCACCGUCACGGCCUUCACGUUUGAGGAGGACGGCGAGGCCAUGCGCCUGCCCUUCAAGUUCCUCCAGCAGCGGCAGCAGAGGGAGAAGACGCGCUGGCUCAACUCCCCCAACAGCUACACCAAGGUCAGCGUGGAGGCCGGAGAGGAGCGCUGCAACAGCCGGACGACCACGUGGAUGAGGGCGGAUGAAACAGGAACUCCGAUCCGGAUUGAAGACCCAAAUCAGUUUGUCCCUCUAAACACAGAUCCCAGUGAGGUGCAGCAGAAGAGGAACAAAAUCAGACAGCAGAACCGGUUAGACGUGAUGACGUCAGGUCCGCGCUCUCAGCACCUCGCCGGCAUUCCUGUCGAUCAGCCACGACAGGAUCUGGGGCAGAUAAAUGUGCCGCCAUACGUGCCCACAGAGGAGGAGCAGAUGGCUCCUCUUCCUCCCAACCCGUUCAGCGAGCUGUUGGAAAAGGAGCAGCACCACAAAAACGUGGAGAGAAGGCAAUUUGGCCUCAGCGAUGGCGAGCACGAGCUAACCUCCGACGACGGCUCCACGCUCUCUCAGUCUUUGUCUGUCGCCCAGUCGCCGCAAAGCACUCCGGCUAAAGAAGAGAACCACACGGGCCUGAUGAACGGCAAGGACAACCACGAUGACGAGCUCUCCAAGCGCAUCAGUCAGCUGACCACCAGCGUGGAGAGCGUGGAGAUCACCGUGCGACCCGGCGAGAAGAUCGAGGAGCCGCUGUCCCCCGAGAGCUCCCCCUCCAAGUCGCCCAACACCAAGAAGAAGAAGAAGUUCCGCACGCCGUCGUUCCUGAAGAAAAGCAAAAAGAAAGAGAAGACUGAGGCCUGAGAGAAGCGAGCGGGCGAAGUCGGGAAGAACGCACCUGCGGAAAGAGGGUGUCGAAUUCCCCCUUUUUUUUUAUAUUUGAUUUUUUUAACCAGAGGUUUUAUGUACAAAAGGCAGAGGAAAGAUUUAACAAGAAAAAAAAAAACAGCAGUUUGGGAUUUUUAUGAAAAAGUCAUUUUGCAAAGAAA